AUGUCUGUCCUCAGUGUCGACAUCGAGAAGGGCGUGCACGGCGAGCGAGCCGUUGUCGAAUGCGUGACACCGGUCCAGCAGCCCCGAGCUCUCGGUGACCCAGUACCUCUUGGGCUAUGUUCAUUCGCGCUAACAACGUUCGUGCUCUCCCUUAUUAACCUCCAAGUACACGGUGUCACCGUGCCAAACGUUGUCGUUGGCCUCACUCUCUUCUAUGGCGGGGUUGCGCAGUUCUCCUCUGGCCUCUGGGGAUUCGCCGUCGGCAAUACGUUUGCUGGGACGGUAUUCGCGUCAUACGGUACAUUCUGGCUCUCGUAUUCUGCCAUCCUCAUCCCCAAUUUUGGGAUCGCCACAGCCUAUGGCGACAACGUAGCGGAGCUUCACACUGCGAUUUCAUUUUUCCUCUUCGGGUGGUUUAUCCUCACUACGCUCAUGCUCAUCGUCGUCCUUCGUCACUCCGUCGCUUUCAUCUUCGUUUUCACUGUCUUGGAUCUCACGUUCCUCACCCUCGCAGUCGGAGAGUAUCUCAUUAGCACGCCAUGGAUCAAAGCUGGGGGUGUUUGUGGUCUGCUGGCCGCCUUUUCUGCGUGGUAUUGUGCACUCAGCCUUCUCCUCAACAAAGAGAACUCGUACUUUCAGCUUCCACUUGUCCUACUCACUUGA